CGCGAGCUGCUCGAUUUUUAUGUAAGGCAGAAGCGCCCGCCCGUGACGGAAGAGUUCGACAAGUUCCGCGUGCUCGGCAAGGGCGGCUUCGGCAUGGUCUACGGCUGCAAGUCGCGGACGACGGGCAAGAUGUACGCCAUGAAGGAGAUCUGCAUGAAGCCGUGCAUCUAUCACAUUGUCGCGACCGUCGCCACCACGGCCCGACCAUGAUCUCCACGCCAUGGACGCGACGCCGGCUCGAUUCGGUCAGCACGGUCGUGCGCCCGACUCACUCGUUGAUUUACGCACAGGCAUGAAGCGCAUCAAGAAGCGGCGGGCGUUCGAGCUCUGCUGGAACGAGCGGCGGGCCCUCGCCGUCGUCGACAGCCCCUUCGCCGUGGGUUUGAAAUAUGCCUUCCACGACGCGGAGUCGUCGCGAUUAGUAUUGGUCAUCGACCUCAUGAUGGGCGGCGAUUUGAAGUACUGGCUGUCGCAGCACAAGUGCUUUGGGUUCGAGGCGUCGCGCUACUACGCGGCACGAACCCUACUAGGCUUGAAAGCCUUACACGACCGGGACUUUGUCUACCGCGACGUCAAGCCCGAGAACAUGUUAGUUGAUGAGCACGGGCGCGUUAGAUUGUCGGAUCUAGGCUUGGCGUGCCGCGUGCGGUCUCGUGCGGAAAUCAACCAGUGAGGAACCGGCAUCGCCACGCCGUCGAACCACGCAGGUGCACUCCGAGCUCAAGGGCGCGAGCGGCACGCCGGGCUACAUGGCGCCCGAGAUGCUGCGGCGGGAGGUCUACGACCACCGCGUCGACUACUUCUCGCUGGGGUGCAUGGUCGUCGAGUUCAUCGUGGGCGUGUGUCCGUUCCGGACGCGCGACGCGGCGCACUGGGGCGGCCGCAAGAAGAAGAAGAAAAAGAAGAAGCAAGAUACGGAGGAUCGUGCCUUACGCAAGCAGGCCAAGAAGGAGGACGCACGAGCGAGAAUAGGUGUAGAAAUCAAACCUCCACGUGCACCCGACUCACAAUUCGAUUUCCACACAGGCGAACAUGGCGCGGGCCGCGCUCGAGAUGGCGCCGGACUUGACCCAGGACGUCUGGAAGGAGGGCCUCGGUCCCGCGGCGAAGGCCUUCUGCAAGGCCCUGUUGCACAAGGACCCGUCGAAGCGAUUAGGUUCGAACGGUGUGAAGGACAUUUUGGACCACGCCUUCUUCGGCGGCUUGGAUCUGGACGAGGUCCUGGCCGACGCCGUGGAGCCGCCCUUCGCGCCGGGCAAGGCUAUUAAUGCGAAGGACGCCGAGAGCAUCGGCGACUUCGCGUCGCUCGGAGACGACGUGCCCUUGUCGGACGGCGACUUCGAUACGGAACGGUGGAACUACGUGUCCCCCGACGCCUACCAGGCCGAGGUCGUGUGGCUCUUGCAGUGGGAGGAAGAGAAGCGGGGGCCGCGCACGAGGGUCGAGGCCGUCGCCGAGAAGGCCUCAUCGGCGUGUGUCCUGUCCUGA